ACAGACGAAAAAACCCACCUGACCCUAUGACCCGGAAAACAGACCCGUAGCGGUUGGAGAAAACCUACACCCUAAAAUCUCAACCGAUUCUCGACGACUUCCGUCCGGGCGUCCAGCCCAAUCGUCGCGCUUCCUCGUCGGCGGCGCGGUUGGAGAAUCCCUUCACCGCUUCACGAUACCUCUUCUCCAUUCUUCUCAUCGACUGAAAGGGAAACCUACAGCCUAAAAUCUCCACCGAUUCUCGGCGACUUCCAUCCGGCCGUCCAGCCUAGUUGUCGUGCUUCCUCGUCGGCGGCGCGGUUGGAGAAUCCCUUCACGAUACCUCGUCACCACCAGGACCUUGGAGAAGAAGUUGUUGGUCGAAAAUCUGCAUCAAUUAUAGGUAUGUUUCUUCGGUUUCCUUCUUUCAUUGUCUCUGUUUCAGCCCCAAGAUUGGUGGUCUCUGGCUACUCUUACUGCUUUGAUUUUUGUGGAUUUGCUCAUAUAUGUGUGGUCUGAGUUUGGUAUUUUGGUUACCCAUAUAUGUAUGUUGUCUGGGUUUGGUCUUCUGGGUGUUUUCGUUGUUGAAAAGUGUACUCAUUUUAGCUCUAGAGUCUAGAAGUUAAACAAGUUUAGCAAGCUGGUUACAUAGGCAGGCUAGUUUUUCCUUUCAAAAGUCAUGUAAAGUUUACCUGGACAAACCAGGUCGUCAGCUAUGGUCAAUUUGGGUCGUGGGUAUUGCUGUUAGCCUGUUAACCAUUACUGUCCUCAUGGUUUUGUGAGUUUCUUUCUGUAAGAUCUGAUAGCUAAUAGUAGGUAUGCUUAAUUAUAUAUGAUGAUAAACCAAUAUGAAAUCAUUGGAUGGUGAAAGUAGAGGUGACGAUUUUGUUUGGAGGGGAGGAAGAUAACAUAGAACAGUCCAGGAAUCUAUCUUCUUAUCUUCCAUUGUUCCUCUUGCUUUGUUUCUUGUCUUCCACUGAGUGAUUCUUAUCUACCCCUUGCGUCAGUCUUUUGUCGAUGCUUGCAAGUGCAAUGAGGUGACAAAGUUUCAUUAUAGAGUUUGUGAUUUCUACUGGUUGAGUCGAUGCAAUGAUUCAGAUUUAUGAUUUGCCCAUUUCUGUAAGAUCUGAUAGCUACUAGUAGAUAUGCUUAAUUAUUGUUGGCAGUGUUUGGAGAACUAGGAAUUGCAAGAGAAGGUGAUCUUCUUAAUUAUCGUUGGUAGUCUACCGUCUAGUUUGGAUCUUGUAAUUACACCACUGAUGUUUUUUUCAUAAACCUAAUUAGUUCAACUCGAUUCCUCCUGUCGUGAAUACCAAUUAAGGACCUAGGCUUCUUCUUUUGAUUAUUUUGGCCGUUUUUGUUUUGGGUUCCAAAUGACAUGUAUAUAUAUAUUAUAGAUUGUCGUUUGCUGUGAUAUUGCUCAUUUCCUCUGCCCUAGACCAGUAGCAAUUCUUCCCUUUCAUCUCCCUCAAUACCAGCUUCGCCCCUUGCCUUUUGCAGCCGUCUAUCUCCAACUUUCAGCCGGUGAGCCAUCCCUCCAAGCUUUGACCCUCUCGUCGCGAAGUUCGAGCUUGAACACAAGGCUGGAGCUUACUCCUUCGCUGAAGUUCCAGUCGCCGGCUGCCCAGCAGCGGACUCCCAAAUUCUGUUCCGGAAGUGAAAGUGUAAUUCUCCCUAAAAUUUUCAACGAUGGGGUUCAACUUGUCAUAGAUAUGAGAUUGAUAAGUAGGAAUAUAAAUUUCUAUAUUAAUUGAAUGAUUCGAUUGAGAUAUUGGGCAUGUUUGUCAUUAGCAAUCGUGAGCCAUCCCUACUUGUGACAGAUUUGUGAACAUUGUUGAGUUAAUUUUGGGGUUUUGAAGGCUAGAUUGUCAUUAGCAAAAAAAACUUGUAAUAUGUGAUACUGAAGGAAAUAAUUGGGCUAAUCAAGUAUCGGAAAACAAAAUAAAUCAACUAAACAGGUUUUCAUUUUUAGGAUUCAGUUUCAGAACUCAUCAAAAUUUCAGCUAAACAAGUUUUCUGUAGGUUUUGUUUUUUAGAAAACAAGAGCUUCAUUUUCAUUUACAGAUGAUUUCUGUUGUGGCAGCUAUAGAAAAUGAAAUGGUAAGUGAACGGGCCAUUAGAAUUGGGAUUUUUCAGGUGUAUACUUUUUGGUUACUUAUAGUGCCACAGUCCUCUCUGACAAGGUUAGAAAAGGGAUUUGAUUGGGAAUUCUGCUCGAACUUCAGGAGGGAAAUAAUUCCAUGGGAAAUAGGUUUUGUUAGGAUUGGUCAUAAUCUAAAGAAAGGUUGAAUCGAAUGAUGUUGGUUAUACUUGGUUUCGCGAGUGCUUGGCAUCCUAGUUUAUCAAGUUAGUUUAGCGUCAUUGUUGAGGUUUGCAGAAGUGGUGAUUGACAUGUUCUCUUCAGAGUGAGGUUUUUUUUUAGCCAAUUGUUCUGGGGUGCAUUAUCUUGCCUUCGUUUGAAUACAUUGCUUUGGUUCUGUAGCUUGUUUAAUGGAGUGUUAAAUCGCGUGCUUGCUAUAGCCUAUAAGUAUCUUGGCACUUGCUAAUGUGUUUUACAGAGUUGAUCGUGGUUGCUGUUAACACACAGCGUGUAGAGUUUACCUUAUCCGUUUCUUUUCUGGCUGUCUAUACGCUUCAACUCGGGUUUGCAGGUGUCUUGGUUUUCCUCAGUUGACUAUCGUUUGUGUGGGGGGUCUUGCUUGCUUGUGUUGCUUUUGUUCAACGGAAAUGGAACUUCUUAUGUUCUGAAAUUAUUGAUCGCUGCUCAGAUAUGACAGGGUGUUAGAGAAGGCAUCAUGCAGAAACAAGACUCUAAGCAAGUAUUCUGCUUCCUGCUAAUUCCACUGAUUGUUUCAUUUUCCUGUCUUGCUACUUUUAGCUCAAGAAGAUGGAUGGCAAUAUGAAGGCUUUUCAAGAAAGGUUACUGGAGCUUGAAACUGAAGGAGAGCAGUUACUUCUAGCUCGGCAUAAGGUGAUUGAAAAUGACAGAUUAAGGAAUGGGAACAGGGAGGCACUUACAGCACUAAGGAAGAGGGCUCGAACAACCAAAACAAGUCUUCCAUCCCCUUUUGAGUCCAUAAUGAAGGACAUUGUGCCAGGUCCUAUGGUGAAGGAGGUCUGUACAACGUGUGGUGACCAUGACUCGGAAGAGAGGACUUGGAUGAUGUUCCCAGGAGCUGAUGUUUUUGCAAGAGUUCCAUUUCAUGCUGCUCACACCAUUUUGGAAACAGAUCAGGGAAAACUCGAUUACGAGGCCAAGAAGUUGCAGAGUUAUGUGAAAGAGAAGUCGCUUUUGAUUUCUGAGCAAGGUGCUCUGUCUGAUAAGAUUAGCCCAAAUGUUCUUAGAUCUCUCGUAACCUUAACAGACAAAUCCAAGUGAUAUGGAUGGUUUAAUGGAUAGUGGUUUUCAAAUCCUAUGAGAAACUCUACUAUUUUCUUCAUGUUGUUACUUUUACCAAGACAUGUAAUCUUGGAUGCUUUGGAUACUCAAUUUCGUGACUUUGAGUUUGCUUGGUUUAAAAGAAACAUAAUACUUCCGG